AUGUCUCACAAUACAAAUAACACUAUUUACGAUAUCUCCAAUGUCCAGCAAGUCUUGAUCAAUUUGCUUUUAGAAGGAAUCAAGAUGCUUCCUUUAAAUACAACAAUAUCAGUUAAAGCUAGUGAAUGGGAACAAUGUCUUGUGCGAAUUAAUAAGCUCUGUUCAACAAAGUGGAAUAAAAACCAUAAACAUAUCAAAGCAAAUUUAGUUUUUGGAGAAACAAGAAAAUGUCACCGUGCUGGAAAAUAUAAAUCUCAACACCAGACACGCAUUGCUCAAAAGGACACAAAGACAUGUUCUUGUACAGCUGCUCUGCAGAUUAAGCAGUACAUUAGCAACCGUAAUGUUGUCACUUUCUGCCGAACAAGAGCUCGUGUCUACCAUGUUCCUGGUGAGAGAGAGGAAGUCAGAACACUUCCUUUGCCUUCUGAGGCAAUUAGAAUAAUCGAAGAACAGUUGAAAAGUGGCAGCAGCUGUAGAAGUAUCAGAAUUUCUGUGUUGAGACAGAUCGAUGAUUGGGGUGUGGGUGUUAGAAAGCCUAAUUAUGAAGAAAUUUACAAUAUAAUGAGAAAGAUUUGUCAAUGA